AUGGCUUUGAACAGGCCGUAUAAAGACGGGGAAAAUGAUGGAAAAGUCGAGACAGCAAACGAAAAAGAUAAAAUCGAUGGAUUGAUUCGGAUAAGCGGUGAAAGAGACGAGAAAAAAAAAAUGUGCUACGAAGAUGAUGACAAAGAACAGAAUAAAAAGAAAUGCAAAAAUAAUAAUAAGGAGAAGGAAGAAGUCAAAUCGAAAGAAAGUCCGAAUAAAAAUGAUAAUAAAACGUCGACGGAAAAGGAAAUGAUGAAAGAAAAAAAAAAUGAUGAUGAUGAAGAAAAACGUGAACAUUUUCCAUGCGUUAAUGUCAAUGAUGAGGAUUAUUAUGACGAUAAUAACGUCUUUGUCGAGAGUAGCGACGCUUGUGGCGGAAAUUUAAACGAAGAAAAGGAAAUACGCCAUGUUGAAAAUGUCAAAAAACGUAAUGAAAAAGAUGAAAUGAAAAUUAUAACCGGUCAAAAACAUUUUUAUACACAAAAACAAAUCGAUUCGUUUACCGUUAGAGUAUUAGCCAUAGAAAAAACAUUAGAAAAUAGUGAAAAUCGAGUCGAACAAUUGUCGAAAACAAACAUAACGACGACGACAACAACAACAACCGGAGCAACAACAACAAUCGAUAAAGAUCAUUUAACACAUCAACGUCAAUAUUUAACAUCGGAAGUAACGAGAGCGAGAUCUCCAUCAAUGCCUAACACAUUAAUGUUGGGCGUACCUAAAGAUGGUGACGAUCGAGAAAGUUCUUUCGAUGAUACGUCAUCAUGUGGUUCAUCGAGAUACGGUUUGGGUCCUUUGCUAGAAGUUAAAAGACCUCAUUGCACUCUCAAUUGCGAAUAUUGUAAAGUUGUUUUGGAAGAAAGGUUUAAGCACAAAAUCGUUGAAAACGUCAAAAAUGGUCAAAAACCAAGUUUUCGGCCGAUCGUCGAUGAUUUAUACAGAGAUGAUCCAAGCUCAAAAGACGUCGUGGCACUAAUGAAAAAAUGUUGGGGAGAAGAUCCCGCGGAUCAUUCGGGAUUUAAAGUGGAAGAAGAAUAA